CGUAUUUAAAUGUUGAUGUUAAUGGUUUUUCACAUUUUUACAUAUUUUGUUAAACCGAUCUGAACCGGCACAAACCGAUUGUGCCACCGGUAAAACCAUUGCACGGUAUAAACCGGUUGACAACCUUGAGUGUGGACGUGUCUCAAACCGUGAUAAUUGCAAAUGUACCAAUUUGGUCCUAUAUCCAUGGUGUCUGAACUCUGAAGUGGUGUAAUCCUGUUCCCAGUAGAGAAUACGAAAUCAAAUCACAAACCCACCCGACCAGAUUAUCAUUAUAGCAUCCAUCCAUGGCCAUGGAGCUGAAUUCCAGAGACAUUUCUGUCAAACCCUUAUCCCAAUUCCCUUCUUCUUCUUCUUCGCAACACCAAAACAGAGAAACCCUCUUUCUUAAACCCUCCAUCUUUUCUUCCGUCUCAGCAAAACUGAGGCUUUCAGCGUCGGCAGCUGAACCGGUUCUUUCUCAACAAGACGUCCCGUUGCUUAAAGAGAAGCUGAGAGUGGUGGUGAAGCCAAUGGAGAAACCAAGAAUAGUAUUGAAGUUUUUGUGGAUGGAGGAUGUGAUUGGUGUGGCGUUGGACCAAGUGAUACCAAGGCAUGGCACCAUUCCUCUAACGCCUUACCAUUUUUGGCCGCAUCAAGAUGCCUUGGUGGAGCUUCAGAAGUUGCUGGAGAGCAAGCCGUGGAUUUCACAUAAGCAGAUGGCCAUCCUUCUAAACCAGCUUGCUGAUUUAAUCAGCAAGGGGAAAGCCACCACCAACAAAAGCUCAUAGUGAGUUCUAAUUCGGGUUACAUGUAACGCCAGAUGGAUAUUGCUCUCAGCCAGCCACACAUCCAUACAUCAAUACUGAGGUUGACACAGAGGAAAAGGCUGGAACUUGGCAAAGGAACCUUUUGUUAGGAGAAAAGGUUUGGUCUAACAACACGUCGAAGUUACCAGGUUUUCACAUUGACGUUGUAAGCAGUUUUCUAUUCAUUCCUUUGUCAUCCUAUGUUCAUUUUGAAAUUUCAACAGUAUAUGGUCUGCUCUUGAAUGGUUUAUAUUGAUGCUGAAGAGCAACUGAACUAUAAUCAUGAAAUGAAAAAAAGGUUAAGGU